AAUCUUAGCGCCUCUGUUUAGCAGCUCGCCUACUGAUUGAACAAUUAUACUUUUUCCUGCUUGCCAUAAAAUGGAGGUGACGAUGGACCCUAUGUUUUUGGCUUGGAGCUAUUUCAGGAGGCGCAAACUUCAACAAUGUUCAGAUAUUUGUACAAAAAUAUUACACGAGAAUCCCUUCGACCAGGCUGCAUGGAGCUUGAAAACCCGUGCCCUUACAGAGAUGGUGUACAUUGAUGAAGUUGACGUUGACCAGGAAGGGAUUGCUGAGAUGAUGUUGGAUGAAAGUUCUAUUGCACAAGUUGCAAGACCUGGAACAUCACUUAGACUUCCUGGGACAAGUCAUGGCGGAGGUCCCACUCCAGCUGUCAGGCCUAUGACACAAUCAGGGCGUCCUAUCACAGGAUUUGUGAGACCUAGCACACAGUCCGGACGUCCUGGGACAAUGGAACAGGCCAUCAAAACCCCACGUACUGCAAGCACCGCUCGCCCCGUCUCUAGUGCAUCUGGUAGAUUCAUUCGUUUGGGAACAGCAUCAAUGUUAACUAAUCCAGAUGGGCCUUUUAUAAAUUUGUCGAGACUAAAUCUGGCCAAGUAUUCCCAAAAGCCCAGUUUAUCCAGGACUCUGUUUGACUACAUCUUUCAUCAUGAAAAUGAUGUAAAAAAUGCUUUGGAUUUGGCCGCUCAAGCAACAGAGCAUGCACAGUUCAAAGACUGGUGGUGGAAGGUUCAAUUAGGAAAAUGUUACUACAGGCUUGGUUUAUACAGAGAAGCAGAGAAACAGUUUCGAUCAGCUCUCAACCACCAGGAGGUGGUAGACACAUAUCUCUAUCUUGCAAAGGUUUAUCAGCGCCUGGAUCAACCAGUAACAGCCCUAAAUCUCUUCAAGCAAGGCCUGGACCACUUCCCUGGUGAGGUCACCCUUCUUACAGGAAUCGCUCGCAUUCAUGAGGAAAUGAACAACAUCUCCUCAGCUACAGAAUACUACAAAGAUGUCCUUAAACAAGAUAACACUCAUGUGGAGGCUAUAGCCUGCAUAGGCAGCAAUCACUUCUAUACUGAUCAGCCUGAAAUUGCCCUGCGAUUCUACAGACGACUGCUCCAGAUGGGUGUGUAUAAUUGCCAGCUGUACAACAACCUGGGCCUGUGCUGUUUCUACGCCCAGCAGUACGACAUGACUCUGUCCUCAUUUGAGAGGGCUCUUGCCCUGGUGGCCAGUGAUGAAGAGCAGGCUGAUGUCUGGUACAACAUAGGACAUGUAGCUGUGGGCAUAGGGGACUUAACCCUGGCAUAUCAGUGUUUCAAACUGACUCUAGCUUUUAAUAAUGAUCAUGCUGAGGCCUACAACAACCUGGCUGUGCUGGAGCUGCGUAAAGGCCAUAUUGAGCAGUCCAAGGCUUUCCUGCAAACAGCUGCAACUGUGGCCCCACUCAUGUAUGAGCCACACUACAAUCUCUCCAUUCUCUCCGAAAAGAUUGGUGACCUUCAGAGCAGCUACACUGCGGCCCAGAAGUCUGAAGAUGCAUUUCCUGAACAUGUUGACACUCAGCAGCUUCUCAAGCAGCUUAGAGAGCAUUUUGCAGUGCUGUGAGGGUCCACUACCAUCAACGAACACAAGGCUAUAAAGACGGCGAAAGGAUGGAAGCUUAGUCUUACUUGGAAACCAACAUAAGGAGAUUAUUUUUUUAUUUGAGUUAAUUUAUUAAAUGAACAUAUUACAGUAAAUAGCCAUUUUACUGGGUAAACCUACGGUAUGAGAUAGUUUUAACAAAGUGCACUCAAUUCUACCAGUAGAUAUUCCUUUGUUCCUUUCUACCAAAAGUUCUGCACGACUGUGUUGAAUCCAAAUUUACUCAGUCGUUUAUUAAUGUUUCAGAUUCCUUGACUCUUGUGUGUGUGUAUAUCUAUAUAUAUAGAUAUAUAUAUUUAUAUAAUUUAUAGAGAGACUUUGGACAUCGGUAGUUCUUUGCUUUCCUUUUUUUUCUCUAAAACUCAGGAACUAUUGGGUGGGAAAAGACACAUAGCUGCAGUUUAUCUGAAUCUAAAUGUCUAAAUCCACUGCUUCAGUGAAUCCAAAGUAGUUUUUGUUUUCCAUUUGAUGAUAAAAUACUCUCAAACAACAUAUGACUUAAAGAAAUGUGCAGUUUACAGCAUAUGAAGCCUGGGGUUUUAAUGAUGGGCUAGUGAUCUAUUGUUUAGAUUUGAAGAAUAAUUUUACAUAUGUA